AACCCUGGAUAACUACAAAAAUCACCCAGAUACUUGGAAUUGAGGAUGACGUCGUUGUGGAGUUUGUCUAUAAUCAACUGGAAGAAAAGUAUAAGUAGAGAGCGUUGCUGAUGGGCGUAUCAACCCAAUAAUGUCCAAAUGGGUGUGAAAAAGUAUGGAUGCGUGCGACAUCAUCCGAGUAACAGCAUCCGGAAUUUAGCCAUUCAACAGGGAGUACCACAGGUUAAUCAUCACUCAGGAUUCCUCUUCUUCUCUCCCCCACUUCAAAAUUGGCGCGCCAAUGAUCCUGCAACUUGUCCACUUCUCGUUAAACAUCGUAAUCAUCAUCACGAGUGUCUUCAUGGGGAGCCUCAAACAUGAGGCCACUCCAGGGUGUGUCCUCAGAAUCAUCGAGUAUCAUCAGAAAUAGCUGCAGAUGCUGGAAUAGGCAUUUGACAAAAUGCCAGUCACCACAGUCAUCGUCCACAAAUAUUGUGGGCACAUCACAGUCACAUCGAGUAGCAGUAUUCAGCACGGCUGACGGCUCCAAGGGCAUCAACUCUCCUCAUUGAUCCAUGGGGAUGGAUAUCGCCAGCCACAAAUCCUGUCAUUGUCAUCCUGUCAUCCACUUAUCAGUUCCACGGUCGAGUAUCAACUAAUCUGGCACUCAAGGAGGUAUUCGUCGAGCAAUGUGUGUUCACAUGACUCUGUUGCUCACUUGUCUAUGUGGCAGGCAGGUUGGUGACUUAAAACGCGUAAAAACUUGGAAAAUCAAUAAUUCGUAUUUUUAUAAUAAACAUUUAUUACAGCUUUUUGCCAUUGUAAAAAAUGUAACACUUUUCUCUUUCUCUAUUUUUUUUCCCUUUUUUUUGUCGAAAUUUUCAGAAAUCUGUCACGAUAAUGGAGAUUUUCCCCACUGAAUUGUUUCCCCAUGUUCUUUUGUUUUUUAUUUAUAGCGGACUAUAAAGACUGCAACAAAAUGUUGAUUCAAGUAUUAACGGAUGAUGGCGGUAAGGUAGAUUAUAAGUUGUGUAAAAAGUGUGCUUUCGAGGGGGAAAAGCAGUUGAUUGAGGAAUUUUCUGAGAGAAAAACGUUUUUUAAAUUUGUCUCUUGGAUAAAAUAUAAGGGAGAAUAUUGUGGAAAUUUCAAGUGAUUACUUAAUUAUUCAUUUAAUCUGUCCAACAGCAUCCAGAUCCUCGAAAAAUGCAGAUCAACCUUACCGGUUUCUUGAAUGGAAAAAAUGCAAGAUCAUUCAUGGGAGAAUUGUGGGAUCUCUUGGUCUCUGCCCAGGAGAGCCUCACCGGGAUUCCCGAGGCAUUUUUGCAACAGAAAAAAGAUCAGAUAAAAAAACGAUUGGAGGAGCAGGAAAAACUCCAGGCAUCGAUUGCGGAGAAGGAAAAGGAGAAGGAGAAAGACGAUGCUGAUAAAGUGAAGAAAGAGGAGAAGGACCGGGGUGGUUCUAAAGAAAGAAAACGAGAGAGGAGUCGAGAGCGUGACAGAGAUAGGAGUAAGCGGAGUCGCUCUAGAGAUCGUCAUCGCGAUAGAGAUCGUUCCAAUCGUAAGCAUACAUCUAAAUCACCCAGCAAGCCUUCAACAAAAGACAAUGGAAAAGAAGUACAACAGGAAAUAAAAACUGAGAAAGAUGAAUCGCCACAUCUGGAGAACGUCAUCCCGAUGAUGCCCGUGAAAACUAAACCGGAAGCAGCAGUGGCGAUUUCUCGCCUCCAGGCAAAGUUGAUGAGCAUAGCUGAUGGAAAAAAGAAGACCAACCGGUCUCCCUCACCUGAGAAUGAAAAGAAUCCCCCUAGAAGUGGUUCUAAAUCGCCAGUAGUAAAAUCGAAAAAAUCUCGAUCAAAAUCUCCCGUUUCAAAGAGCCGAAAGUCUCGUUCACCAGUGGCCAAAAAUCGAAGAUCACGAUCAAGAUCUGUGGAUCGUUCAAAAUCCAGAAGAACAAAAUCAAAAUCACCAUCGAGACACUCACGUUCACGCUCUCGUUCAAAAAGUAUCCCCCGAAACAAAUCCCGCAAAUCACGAUCAGAUUCGAGUGACUCAAGGUCAAGUAAAUCACGUUCCAAAUCACCAGAUAAGCGUAGAGAGCAUGGAAAGCGAAAUGCUAGUACGAGCAGCAGUUCAGACAGUGACAGAGGAAAGGAUAAGAAUGAUUUUGAGAUUAGAAAGAAGAAGGAUGGCAUUCAAGCCAAGAGAUCGUAUCGUAAAACUAAUAAGGAUGAUAGUGCGAGUGACAGUGACUCGAGUCGUGAGAGAAAAUCCGGGGGGAAGAGAAGGAGCCCAUCACCGAGGAAGGAUCGAGAUAGGUCGAAGGAGCGAGACCGUUCACGGAAUAGAUCGAGAGAGAGGAACAGAAGGCGGUCAUCACUGGACAGAGACAGGGACAGGAGGCGAGAUCACGACAGAGAGAGGGACAGAGAUCGCCCAGACAGAUACAGUGGCAGUCGCAGUAUGCGACCUCCAUCUUCACGCCGAGCCCCGAGUUGGCGAAGAAGUCCGCCUCGUAGAUCACCCCCACGUUAUCGUCGCAGAUCUCCGAGUCCAGCGCGUCGCCGACGCUCCCCCGAUCGUCGACGUCGUUCCCCAGAUCCCCGUAACAGCAGACGUCGUUCACCAGAUACGCGUGACAGACUUAGCAGGUACGAUAGAUCAUCCUCGCGUGAUAGAUCUAGCCGACGUGAUCACUCAAAGAAUCGUCGGGAGAGGGAACGUAAGUCGCGCUCUAAAGAGCCAACAUCCUCGCUCGAUCGUUCCAAAGAGACUAAAAAAUCACCGGAUCAGUCUAAAGACGUUAGGGACAAAUUUAAGGACAAGAGAAGCAUUCCUGAUGAGAAGGCCAAAGAGCCCAUUAUUCCUCCACGAAAAGAAUUGAAAAAUGGAAUGUCCAAAUCAAGUAGCUCCGAUAGUAGCGAGAGUAGUUCCUCCAGUGAUGGAGAACAACCCAUUAGGAAAUCACCUGAUGGAAAAUCAUUGCACGAACAACGUGAUCGAGACUUGAGAGAACAACGAGAACGUGAGCACGCAGAAGAUGUCAAGAGACGAGAGAAGGAGAGAAUCAUGAAGGAGGAAGCUGUCAAGCGUCUGGAGAAGGAGAAUAAAAAAGUUGAAGCUGUAGCAUCAAAGAAAACAGAACCAAAUGUUCCAGCGAAAAAGCCAGUUUCAUCAUUGCCACUUUCUAGACAUAGAUUCUCACAGAGUCUUUCACGUACCCCAUCACCGUUCAAGAAAACUGAGGACAUGAUUGCUGCGGCUACAUCUUCUAAAACAAAGUUAUUAGUACCAAAAGAUGGCAAAGAGGAUUCUCCGAAGACGGCUAUAACGACAGCCGAGACUUUCCAACUGCGAAAGGACGAGCGAUCAAUUAAAGCGAUGAAACCAUUGGUGGAUGAUAAGAAACAGGGGAUGAAGACUUUGGAGGCAUCGGCACUCAAAAAAUCUUUGGAAACAGUCAAGAAAAUGCGAAAAGAUCGAGAUGAUUCAUCAAACUCUGAUGAUAGUGAGGAGGAGGAGGAGGAGGAAGAGGAGGAGGUGGUAAGGAAGAAGCAGAGGAGAUCUGAAAAAGCGAGAAAAUCCCGCAGGGAAUCCAGCGAUGAUGACCACUCGGACAAGGGGACUAGCUCGGAUUCAGAGGACGAUAGAAAACAUUCAGACCUCAAAAGGAAUAAAGAUGCACCACGAGCAAUCGAUGCAAUCGAUGAUCGCGCCAAGGAUAAAAAAGACAUUAAAAAACGUGACAUCAGCCUCAGCGACUCUCGCAGGAGAUCAAAGAAAGAUAUUGACGAGGAAUUGAAGAAAUCCCGAAAGUCAAGGAAGGACUCAUCUUCUGAGGACGAAGAGCCGAAAUCUAAAAAAUAUAAGAAUGAAGAUGACAAAGCCAAGUCCAGAAAAUUGAAGAAAGAUUCAAGUUCGGACGAUGAACUGAAGAAAUCUAAAAAACGUAGAGAUAGCUCUUCGGAUAUUGACAAGUCCAGAAUGAGAAAAAUGCCGAAAGAAUUGAUUACUGAUGACGAGGGCAGGCCGAAGGCGAAAAAAUCACGCAGAAAUUCGAGUUCUGAGGAUGAGGAAGUUGCUGAUAAGGAUGCAAAAAAAAAACGAAAGGUUGAUGACAGCUCGGACGAGGAGAAGGCAAAGAAGAAGAGAAAGAAAAAAACAAAAACGAGUUCAACUGAUUCAGAGGAAAGUGAGGUAGAGGAGAAAAAGAAGAAGAAGGAUAAAAAACAUAAAAAACAUAAGAAGCACAAGAAGCAUAGGAAGCACAAGAAGAAGAAGCAAGCUGAUUCCGAGGAGUCUGAAGCGAGUGAAGGUAAUACCGAAGAGCUUGAAAAAAAACUUCGUGAAAAAGCAUUGAAAUCAAUGAAAAAGGCACACAGUAUGGACGGAAGUGACUGAACAUUUUGUUUUUUUAUAAAUUUAACAACGUAUACUGAAAAUCGUAUGGAAUUUAUUUACGAUGUAAACUUCGAGGGAGAAGAAAUAAGAGAACCCAUUAUUUUUAUGUUGUCUAUUGGUGUAGGCCACUCACUUAAUUCUCGAGACAUAAAUAAACGGAUAGAGUAUGAUUGUCAUCAUCAUUAUAAAAACAAUUAUGUCAACUGAAUUUGUGUAAAAUGAUGAAUGAAUAUUUAAUCACUGGCAAAUGAUGUCCAUAUUUGAAGAAUUUGUAAAUUGCAAUAAUGAAUUUUUGCAAUUAAACUGUAGAAAUUUAGUAUCACAGCUUAAUCCCCAUUGUCAUAAAUAAAGGAUUAUAAAUAUA